AUGCGGCCUGAUGGCUUUGAGCUGCCUUGUGCAGCCACAGCGGUCUUCAUCCUCCACUACGUCUUCGUAGACACUUUCGCAGUUGGGGCCGCCCGAACGCCAUAUCAGCUGAAGUAUCCCUUCACCACCGAGACCGAAGAUCCAAAGCUUCUCGAGCCCUUCAUCCGCUCCCUACGGGCGCAGCAGAACCAGGUGGAGCAGGCCUGGGCAUUUUUCCUCGCCAUGUGGGUCUGCGCUGUGUUUCUGGACCCGAUGUUUUCGGGGAUCUUUGCCUGGAUUUGGGUUAUCGCCCGUAUGGCGUAUGCUUACAUCUACCGAGUGAGCCCGAGCCGCAACCGGCUCAUGUGGGCCACCGUGCCGGCCUACGUCUCACAGGCCGCGGUGUGUGGAGGCAUCCUGACCUCCCUGUUGCCUUUCACCCGGCCGAUUGCUGCUGCAAGCUCGGCCUUGAUAGUCUUCGCCUUUGCUGCGUAUGGCUGGCUCGUCUACCGCAGCUGGUUCGGAAAUUUCGUGCUCGAAGAGAAAAAGCGCCUGGAGAAUCAGCUCAUUGCAAGAUGA